AUGUAUGAUGAGAUUCAUGGCAGCCACACUGAUAUGAGUUGGAAAGUAAUGUUUUACAAGAAUUAUGCCCGACCUCGAGCUUGUUUCAUCACUUGGCUGGCUUUUUGGGGACGACUCCCUACCAAGGAUAGAUUAGCAAAAAUCAAUAUCACUACUGAUGGUGUUUGCAGUUUCUGUGGUGAGCAGGAGAAUAUCAUGCACCUGUUUUUUCAGUGUAGAUACACGGCACAAAUAUGGUGCUGCAUUCUGAACUGGCUAGGAUAUCAAAGGAAUACUUGGGACUGGAGGCAGGAAAGUAUAUGGAUGAGUAUGGAAGCAAAAAAGAAGGGAUGGAAAAGAAUUUUGUUACGCAUGGCUGCUACUGAAACUAUACACCAUUUGUGGCAAGCCAGGAAUGCUCUUUGCUUUGAGCAAAUAUCACCAAGUCCGGAUCUUGUCCACCAAAUCAAGGCUGCAGUGGUUUUGCGGGCACAAUUCAUUAAAUGUGUGAAAAAUCAUGUUCAAUUAGGUUCCUUUGAGAUUAACUAA